AUGGCCUUUGGUGUCCAGUGGGCUCAAUCUGGCAAUCGAGGAAGAGUUCGAUCACCACGCUCUUUCCUAAACGAUGAUUUCCAUCUCCAUGAUGAUCCGGACCUGGCGUCAGCCGAUGCCUUUGGCCGAGCUAUGCAGGAGAGUCUGUGGAACCAAGCUCGGCAGGCUCUACUGAAUGCUGCGGGGUUGCAGUCAUACAAGGUGGUGUUUGCCAAUCUUAUCUUCUCUUUGACUCAACGACCACUAGAUGUCAAUCAGUGGCUCCAACAAAGGGAGUCGAAGUCAUCAGCAGAGUCGAUUGGGAAUCUGGGAUCGCCCGAUGAUAAUCUCCGCUCAAAUUGGGAAGCCCUGCAAGACCUCCUCAGCGCAGAUGGCCCACCAAUAUUUCUUGACAUAGCAUUACGCGAAUUAGCUUCUUCUCGCUGGAAAUGGGACGAGCAACAUCGGAAGAUGCUCAAGUCAAACUCACAAUGUGCAGACAGGAUAGCGAAUGGAUCUCGAGCCUUGACAGAGGUCAGCCUGAGCCAGGAGCAUCAAGAAACAUUCAAGCUUCUUUCAUGGUUGGCUAUCAUGUUCGACACACUGUCUGCUACGGUUCUGCAAAGGCCUCUAGUUCUUUCGGACGAAGACACUGGCGUCCCUGUCGCAGAUCCCUGGAAGGAAGGCGCGAAUUCAAACUCCGUAAGCGCACGUAGCGACGAAUCAAUUGUCGACGUGGUAAAAGUCGACCUCGACGGGUGGCAGCCAACUUCUAGGCAGCAAGAUGCUGAUAGAGAAGCAGCGUCUGGGGAGAUAUGGGGAUCUUUCUUCCUGGAUGGAAAAAGCCUGCUUGAAGUGCAGACCCUCGAACGAAGAACUUGGUCGUCUUGCACAUUUGAAGAAGCUGCAGCCAUUCUUUGUGACGCGGCCCCCGUCAAGGUAUUACUUUUUCGAAAAGUUGGACACAUACAAAAGCUUAUGUCUAGGAAAUCUGGAAGUUUGGUGCUUGAGGCCGCACUAGAGGAGGCCAUUAAGGUGUACAGGUUCUGGAGCAAGUCGUAUGGACGGUUUAUCGAAUACUGUAUGAAAAAUCAUCACGAUCUUCCGGCCCGGAUCCAAUCUUGGUAUGUCGUUCUUGCUGGCCACUGGCAUCUCGGAGCCUUGCUCCUCGCAGAUGUCAUUGAUGAAUUGGACAGCUCUGGAUUAGGCGGCGAGGAACAUACAGAAAAGCGGCGAAUUGCUACACUUUCAAGUGACCUGAGAAAGAAAAACGCCAUCUCCAUCUCAAACCUCUGCCGUUGCUCACUGGAUGGCCCCUCGCUGUCUUUUUCAAACUCACGAGACUUCACCUACCCUGUCAACCAGGUUGCGCUACUCUCGGAACCGUGGACUGUUGUGCUUGUCCAGUCCUUUAGCAGAGCAGGAUAUGUCUUCUUGGAUCUACUCAGCAAGCCUCCGAAUUUGAGAAGCAAGUCACGACUGAGCCUGGCAGACGAGCGUGCAUUGACGAGAACACGAUGUGAAUCUUGCAUAGAUGGUCUAAUCAACCUUGGGAACAAAUCCGAUAUGGCCUAUUUGGCUGCGAAACUUCUUACAGACGCUCUACAGACGGUGUAUCGCUCGUGA